AUGGUAUUCACAAGAGAGCACAAAGAGUUGGUGAUUGAGGGAGAAAAAUGGAUAAAGUCCACUACGGAGUCCUACACGAUCACAACUGCAUUUAUCAUCACCAUUGUGUUUGUAGCAGCUAUUACAGGUACGGGAGGAAACGAUCAGAACAAGGGGAUACCAAAUUUUACCAAUCACACUGCCUUCACAGUAUUUGCAAUAUCAGAUGCCAUAUCAUUAUUCUCAGCUGUUACAUUAUUGUUAAUGUUUUUUAUUGAAUCGUAUUUUCCCAUGAAUCCCUUUCACGCCCUUGCAAUACAAUAA